GGGGUCUCGGGAAGCCGCGGCUCGGCGCUGUCAGCGGCUGGCCCCGGCUGAGGGCCGGGGGCGGGCGGGCGCUGCGGGGCUCUGUGUGCGCCCCCCUCCCGCCCCCUGUGCGCUCUCGGUCCCUCCCUGGGAACAGGCGCUGCCCACCCAAGGAGGCGACCGGCGCUCCUGCCCCGCUGCCGCUCGCUGCUCACACAUCACAGACACACACACACACACACAGAGCCGUGCGUGCGCCUCGCUCCCGCACUGGAGUCGCUGCUUGUGCCUGCAGGUUGCUCAGACCUGAAAUCUAAGGGAAAAGCUCAGCGUUUGCGUCGCUGCGCCUGCCGCCCGUGGUGGGAGCGGUGAAGAGGAGAGGGGGCUGCGUGGUUUUUUUGCUUGGUGGCUUUUUUUUUCUCCCCCUUUAAUUCAAUGGAUGUGAACUUGGAGCCUUUAGACCUCGGCGGUAUUGGAAUAUCUACAUGCUGAUCAUCUUUGUUGUGGCACAUCAAGUCGUUUGGGGAAACCAUCCGAAGACAGCAAGAUGUUUCUCGUUCUCUUGUACUUCGCUUUGCCCUUAGUGGAAGUGAGCGGGCUGCCUGGAGGGGACCGCCUGGACUGCGUGAGAGCCAGCGAUCAGUGUCUGAAGGAGCAGAGCUGCAGUACUAAAUUCAGGACACUGAGGCAGUGUGUAGCCGGCAAAGAGAGCAACUUCAGCCGGGCCACAGGCCUGGAGGCGAAGGACGAAUGCAGGAGCGCCAUGGAAGCUCUGAAGCAGAAAUCCCUGUACAACUGCCGCUGCAAGAGGGGCAUGAAGAAGGAGAAGAACUGCCUGCGCAUUUACUGGAGCAUGUACCAGAGCUUGCAGGGAAAUGACUUGCUCGAAGAUUCCCCCUAUGAGCCAGUUAACAGCAGACUAUCAGACAUAUUCAGGCUAGCACCAAUUGUAUCAGUGGAGCCAGUACUUUCAAAGGGGAACAAUUGCUUGGAUGCAGCCAAAGCUUGUAACCUAAAUGAUACCUGCAAGAGGUUCAGAUCUGCUUACAUAACCCCCUGCACCAGCAGCACGUCCAAUGAGGUCUGUAACAAGAGGAAGUGUCAUAAGGCCCUGCGGCUGUUUUUUGACAAGGUCCCCCCAAAGCACAGCUACGGGAUGCUCUUCUGCUCCUGUCGAGACGUAGCCUGUACAGAGAGGAGGCGGCAGACUAUUGUUCCUGUGUGCUCAUAUGAGGACAGGGAGAAACCAAACUGCCUGAACUUGCAAGAGUCCUGCAAGAAGAAUUACAUCUGCAGAUCUCGCCUUGCAGAUUUCUUCACCAACUGCCAGCCCGAGUCACGCUCUGUUAGUGGCUGUCUGAAGGAGAACUAUGCUGACUGCCUGCUCGCUUACUCGGGGCUCAUUGGCACCGUGAUGACCCCGAACUACAUCGACUCCAGCAGCCUCAGCGUGGCCCCGUGGUGUGACUGCAGCAACAGCGGCAACGACAUCGAGGAGUGCCAGAAGUUUCUGAACUUCUUCCAGGACAACACAUGCCUUAAAAAUGCAAUUCAGGCCUUUGGCAACGGCACUGAUGUGAAUGUCUGGCAGCCAAUCUUACCAGUACAGACCACCACAGCCACAACUACAACAGCUUCCAGACUUAAAAACACAGGGUCAGAGACCAUCAACAACGAAAUACCCUCCCACAAUGAUUCACCAGCAUGUGCAAACCUGCAGGCACAGAAGAAACGAAAAUCCAAUGAAUCUGUAGAUACAGAGCUCUGUCUUAAUGAGAACGCUCUGGGGAAGGACAGCACAGCGGGAGUCUCCACCAGUCACAUAUCUGCAGAGAAUUCCCUGGCUCUUCCCACCAGCCUCUACCUGAGCACACAGCUCACCCUGAUGGCACUUGCACUCUCACUCUCUUUGUCCCUAAGCUCAUCAGUCGUCUUGUAGCCGCAUUGCAAAAGGACGUGUUCAAAAAGCAAACAAAAAAAAAAAUCAAAAAAAAAUACAAAAAAUAAUCUGUUUGCUGUCCUCUGUUGUUUAUCUGGAAUUCCAGGUCUGGGAGCUAAGCUGAGGCACUCCUGCUAGAACAGUCUCAGUCAGCUGGAAUUUUAUUUUAUUUUUUUUUUUCUCUCUCUCUAAAAAAAAAAAAGCUUCUUGUGAUAUUUAGAGGCUUUGUGAAAUACUUGGUGCAGUGCUACAUUCCAAACCCAAAAGGCUUUUGGGCAUGCAGUGUUUUAAAGAGACAGUGUGUAAAUUUGCCUGUAAAGCGACCUGGUUGGAUUAUUUUAAUAAUUAUUAUUUUAAUUCUGGCUUUUACCUGAGAAAGAAGAUGACGGUUUUCUUAAAAUCUUGUUUAUCUCAUUGAAUGGUUUUGGUUUUCAAAUUGGUUGAACUUCAGACUAUCAAGGAUGCCAGGCUUUUGUCUAAUGGUGAAUGUUCUCCCAGAGAGUGGACUUUAUGAAACUCCUUCAUUUGAUGAAUCGCUACUGAUGUUAAACUCUUUCAGUGUGUUAGCAUUUUCCUCUUUAAAUGUUUACGUACUGUAAGUGAUUCUGCGUUCCCUGCUGAGAAGCCAUUAUAAUUCACAUACAGGUAUCAUGUAUGUCUUUCAGUUAAAUUCUCAUAAAAAUAGAGUGUGGCGUAGAACCUUCUAACAGUACAUUUAUCUUUUAAUUAUGAUCAUCUAGCCUUAACAAGAGUGAAGAUUCUUUACGUUAGCAAGAUGCAGCCAUUGUGAAAGCUUGAUAAAGAUACAUUUCUUUAAAUAUGAGGAACAAAUUUUGCUACAGGGUUUCAGCUGUACAGUCUAUGGUCUUCUAUGCUUCCAUUGUGAUAAUAUAGUCCAGUUAUUAUACUCUUUGUUUAAUAAAAAAAUGACAUACAAUUUAUUUGCCCUGCUAAAACAUCAGCAUCUGUUUAUACAUACCUGAUAAUAUCAGAUCAAAAAGCUACAGGAACUUCACGCCUUACUUCUCCUAUCAGAACCUUGUAGAGGGACAAGAGGUAAUAGGAUAUCAUUUAAUCUGUGUUUUAUUUCUUGGAAUGGCUAAAAUCAACACGAAAGAAGGGUUGAUCACUUGCAAGGCAGCAUCGUGCACACGUACCCAUGUGAAAGACAUUUCUCACCCUGGUAGCUCCUACCACAGACCUUGGCAUUGCUGACAUGAUGAACUGUUUGCAGGACCAGCUCCAUAAAUUAAUUUAAUGGUUUGGGUGGCAAUGUUACCAGUGUACAUGAUUUAAUCGCUUGGUCCUCACUCAGUGACACUGGCAGCCUGUGCUGGCUCAUGAUGAUUUCCUGCAGCAUUUAGAAUAGAAGGAAUUUUUUUAAGCUUUAAAUGUCAUCAGAUAGGCAGCAUUUCUCCUAAGGGCUGUCUUUAUACCUUACUGUGAUGGCUUGUUGACUGUUACAAGCAGUUAUGUCUAAGUGAUCAGCAGUAAUCAGUUUUUGUUCCUAUUGGAAGUAGAAGAUAACUUCUGCAAGCAAGUUCAUCAUGUUGGAUUUACUGAGACUUACACAAUUGUGCCCUGUCCUGCUCUGAAAUGUCCAGAUCAGUUAUUUGCAAUACAACUAUAAAGUACAAAUUACUAUUUUAUAAACUGCACUGAGGUUUGAGUGUGCAAAACACACAUCUUGCUAAGAGACUAUUAAACCUAUUGACAAGUUCAUCCUUUGAGAUUUUUCUUGGCUAAUAAUAAACACUUUCAUAAAUUUUGGAAUUCAUUUAUGUACUCUUGAUUAUGGUCACAUAAUAUAGGUUUCAAAGCUGUUUGUAUGUGAUAGAAUUCUACAGUACUCUGUGCCACUGAACAUAACAAAUUAGAUAAUAUUACUUUUUAAUUCUGUGUUGAUAAGAAACUGCAAAUUACUUUCAGAGGCAGCAGGGCUGCUUUCAGAGAAGAGUUAUGUAGACCAUCAUCACCAGCAAAGCCCGUGUGGUUCCUGUUGCUCUUCUUGUAGAAGAUAAUCAAAUUAUUGAAAACUAGUGGCAGCAGAAAAGAGAUUAUGAGAUUCAUGAUUUUAAAAAUGAAUCAAAUUCUUUUAUGUCAAAAACAGUUGAUAGUACAACCUAUUGAAAUGCUAAUGAACAUAGCGUUGUAAUUCAGAAGUCUGACAUUAUCCAAUUAAAAUAUUUUCAAAACAAAUUCCUAAACAUUAUGAUUAUUAAAUCCAUCUUUGAUCCACAAAUCUUUCUUUAAAAUAUCGUCUGUAUUCAGCACAUUAAACAUUUUAGCCAGUAUCAAGAAUUUUAAUCUCCCAGUAUAGUGUAUACUUUUUGAAGAUUUUUUAAUGUUUGCUUUGGUUACAGUAUCUCUCUUACACUUAGUACCAAUUAUUACAGCUUUGACACUGAUCCAGAAUAAAAACUAUUUACUUAUACUGUAAAUAACAACCUAAUCAGCUUCUCAUUACAAAAGAAACUGCUGGUUAUCUGUGUCAAUGAGAGUUACUUUUGGAAAUAAAAUUAAUAUGUAGUGGAGGAAAAAAUGGUGGCUUUUACAGGCAGACAAAAAAUCUGAGCAGAGUACUUUUUGUCCUGUAAAUUGAAAGUGUACUGAAGUCCAAAUUUAAAAAUUGAAUUGCUUAUUAAACAGGCAGAAAGGAAAAAAUACCCUUAGGAUUCUGGCACUUUACAGUGUGCAAAUAAUGGAGGAUUUUUCAAAGUUGGAUGAGGUGUGGAUGAUGUCAGCAUGGUGACCUUGUCGAUGCAGUCACCUGCUACAGUACUGAAUUACGCAAAUUGUUUAAUCUUUUUUUCCCCUUUCAAUCAGUAAAAUAUCAAGUGUUGAGGGCAUAAUAAACAAGCUUAGGCUGGGCUUUAUAUAGUCCUUUAAAAGAUUAAUUUUACCCAUGUAACAAUAAUACAGGGACUGUCCAAAUAAAGAUGUACAUGGAGAUGAUCUACUGUUCCAGUUGUAAAUCUCACCAGUUCAGCUGGGUGUAAAUUAAAUCAUGGGCUACCGUAAACAUAUCCAAAUCAUCUUGUACUGGAGCAGACACUGUCAUUAGUAUAAUUCAUAGCAUGUUUAUGCUUGUUUUUAGAAGGAGAGCACACAAAGGUAAAAUUGAGGCUGAAAUACGUGGCUGAGGUUUUGCAGCAGUCAGCGUAACUCUUGAUUCCACAAACUGCUCCAGUGAAAGAGGCACUGAGGGUGAACCUUUCAGACACCUGCAAAAGUAACAGCACCUGAGGGUUCCCCUUGUCCCAGAGUGGGUGGUGACACCACCAGCAGGCAGCAGCCCCAGGGAGUGGGGCUUGGUCAGUGGUGAGGGGGCAGCCCUGGGUAGGAGCUGUCCGUCUGUCCAUCUGUCCCCACCAGGGCACUGGGCCACUUCCCACUGUGUCAGCAGCAAGAAUUAGGAGCAACUGGAAUUCUUCAUCAUUUCAAAGCAUGCAUAGAUGACACUUGUCUGAAGACCUAUGCCCAGGUGGUUGUUGGGGUUUUUUUUUGGUUUGGUUUGGUUUUUUUUGUUGUUGUUGUUUUGGGUUAUUUGUGUGUUUGUUUGGGUUUUUUUUUCUUCAAUGAAAUUACAUCCCUCUAAGACCCAGCCUUUUCUCUAUGAGUGCUCACAAUCUGUUGCAGUUCAAAUCAGUACACUGAAAACAUGAAAGCAUCUACUUCUGCUAAGCUUGUACAAGUAGGCUGGAGAUCAAGAAAACAAAGCAGGAAUCACCUUGAAAUCUCAAUUCAAUUAAAAUUUGCAAUUGUUGGCUAAUCACUGUGAUAUUUCCAUGGAGUAAAGAUGGUGAGAAACCAGUGAAGUAGAAGAGCAAAACUCAGAACAGCUCCCUGAAGGGACAUAAAUCUUAUGUAUGUCAAGUGACAGGAGUAUCUCAUAUUUAGCUUCUAAUAAAAGAGCAGGAUUCUGCUGCAACAGCAGCUCCUUCAGAGCAGACAGGAGCAGACGGAAGCACAAGCAGUUACUCAUACAAUUGUAACUUUCUUUCAUAAAAUGCAAUUCUUUGUCUUCAAUACCAAGGUGGAUCUACCUCACUGAAAAAUGUAUGUUCACUGACAUUCUUUCUUUCUGCAUUAAACUGUUCUGCAUUCUGCAUGUUCUGCAUUAAAACCUAAAGGGUUUUCAGGGUGAUUUUAUGCCCAUAAGGUUAUUCAGAUUGUACCUGAUGUCUCUGACAUCAAAUAGAAAUAUAUUUAGUUCUGAUGAACUUGGCAGAGAAAUUAAUCUAGUGACUUGUUAAAUAUUUCUCAUCUUUAAAUAUUUGCUUUUUCUUAGCAGCCAGUUCCUCCUGUGACAUUUCAAUUAUUGGCUAUUUCAGCUUCUCUUUAACUUUGGAAGGUCGUUUUGUCAGUUCCACAGUAUUCAACUUUAUACAUUUGCUUCAGUGCUGGUUUUCUGGUUUUCUUUUUUAAUUACAGCCUUCACUUUUGAGGAAAAAAAGGUGUGAUCAGGAACAUGUCUCCACUGAACUAAGAACACCUUUAAUGGGGAGGAAAUUGAAAGUUCCCAUUUUAUCUCUUUAGCACUGGUUUGACUUGAAUAAUCUAAAACAUUAUGUUGUUAUUCCCCAGAUGGAAUUUAAAAUUUAGUUCAGUACUGAAUAGGAUUGAAAACUUUCAAACUCUUCACAAGCUUUAGAAAUAUUUAAAUAGUUUUCAUGUAUAUUUUCCAGUUGGAAUUUCAGUCAAAUAGAUAAAGUCUUGCUAAGUAGUAAAUUCUUACAGGAGUAAGAAUUCUCUUUGGGAAAUUUUGAUGGCUCUGUUCUUAAGGUAAAAGCAGGGAGGAUGAUGAAUUCCCAUUUUUAACUCAUCGUUAUCUCAGCUUUUAUACACCCUUGCUUCAAGUUCUCCUGAGUUGUUUUGCCCCUAGGCAAUGUUUAUAUUUAAUAGAUGUGUAUUAGAUGUGGACACCUCAAUAGUCAGAAGCCAACUCCUGCAACUCCUUCAAGACCUUCCAUCUCUUUUUUUAUCAUACAUAAAAGCACGAGCAACAAAUUCAGGAUGUGGCCUGAAAAUUACCUGGAUUUUAAAGGAGCACAGAGUCAACAAAUUUCUCAGUAGCAUUUCUUACCAAUGUAGACUGUAAUAUUCUAAAUUGGGACUAAACUACACUGUCUGGGCUAUUCACAGGAGUUCUCUGAGCACAUUUAACCAGAGUUAAAGCAGUUCCUGUUGUUUUACCUUACUCAGGUGCCAAUUGCUGUUGCCAUGCAUAGAAUUAGAGCUGAUUGCUUGGAUUAAGACACCCAAACCUUAGCCCCUUUUCACCUGCUUGUAGUGAUUCCAACAUCAUCAUUCUUCUGCGCUGGUUCUUUAUUCUGUCAAAAGGAGAAUUUCGUAGAAUACAGAAGAAAAUGAGUCAUAGAUUCGAGGGCCAUUUUCCUCAAAAUCCUUCAAAAAUACCAAAAUAUUUGACUUCUUACAAACCUCUGUCCACCAAAUCCUUUGUGUCUGCUCCAUCACUCAGGCCUGUCCAGCUGGGGUGAAGUUUAUCCCACACUAACAAACCUGUCAGAGCUCCAUUCUGACAAAUAAGUCAUGGCAGUCUCGCUGGCUGCUGCUCCUCAGCUGACUAAGGAGUUGAUUUUGGCCACUGCACUUGUCCUUGGGUCAAAGCUUAAAUGCUACAAAAGCUAAACCCCACAGAUUUAGUGAACCACAGGGAGAUGUAAACUCCUUCAAGCACAGAAGCCAGCAAAUCUGCUGAAACUCUGGAGUAAUCUUCAAAAAAUAAGAUUUAAACAAUAUUGUCCUCUCAUGGUAAUGUUUAUGGAAUAGGAUAUAUAUGACAGAAGGAAGCUGGAGAAACAGGAGAAACCCUGAAGAUGCAAAAAUUACGGUUUAGGGAACCACCAUUCAUUUUAGCAGGAGAUACUGCAGAGAGCACACUGCUGAGAGAGAAAGGUGUGUCCCACUGAGGAUAAAACAGAGAAAUCAUGGGUUUUUUCUUUGACUUUGUGGAUUAGCCCAUGGAAACUGUUCCCUUUCUGAGAAGUGAAGCGAUUCUUUUGGGAGUGUGCUAACCUGAGUGCUGGGAGCACAGGAUCUCCCUCUCACAUCCCCAGACCACGUUAUUAGCACUGACAUCCUCUGCCUGCUUUGGGGUGAGACAAAGGCUUUAACCUUUAAGUGGAAGUUAAGACAGAGGGAAUGUUUGUGAGGGUUAUUAGAGGUGGAACAAAGCCUCGCAGGGGAUUGUACCUGGCAGUCACCUGUGCACAACCCAGACUGAGCUGAGUCACACAGUGCUUAAAAAGAAAACCAAGUGGAGGCAAAAAUUGAAAGAAAAAUAUGGUCUUGAUUUUUAUAUUGCUGCUUUUCUGUGAAGUGAUGCAUAAAAUCAACCUCUUACCUCUUCCCAGUACCCUGCAUUGUUUCUGGAUAAGAACAAAAAAUAAAUCUCGAAUGCAAUCAGUGGGAGAAACUGCUUCAAAGCACUCCAACAUGUGGGAAACUUAACUGGUGGCAAUUAUUAAUGUCCAUGCUCUCCCCUCCCCCAGAAUUAUUGCUACUGAGUUUGCUCUGACAGGGUUUUUGUGACGUUUUGUGCAGCAUUACCUGGUACUGAAAUGAUUAGCUGUGAUUAGUACUGCUCAGGCUGGGAAGGUGCAUGUGUCUUUCACCUGAGGGUAUGUUGAAUUUUGCACUUUUCGUGUAAACUACAAGCUGACAAGAGCUGCAGCAAAAAGGAAACAGCAGGAGAAGGCUCACAUAAAAGUAAUUUUUCUUACAUCAUGAUGAUAAAGCAAUUAAUCAAUGGUUAGCAGAAGUGGUGAAGGUAAGGGUAACAGCAUUUGGACCCAGGAAGACUGGCAUUCACUGUGAUCUGAGGAUAUCCAAUGUUAGUAUUUUCCUGCACUUCUUCUCACCUUUUUUUCCCCUUAGUCUUUUUCCAUAACUGUCUAGAACAUGCUUCCAUUUUCUGGAGGGAACUCUUACACAAACAGUGACCUUCUUGUGUAAAUUCUGUGUUGUCUUACGGAUUUCUGUACAUCCCGCCGCAGGUUAUGACGUGUCAGGUCUUCAGUCAUAAUGGCUGGUAAUUUGUUGUAAAAAAAAACCCCAAAACCACUGUUCACUUGUUCCUGUUGACUUACUUGCUCUGAGGACAUUGCUCUUUGGACUGUCCACACUUUGGAAGUCAAUCCACGAUGUUCAGCGUUUUCUGUUAGCAUAAUCCUCCUGCAUUAGUAUUGUACAUAUCCAGAAAACAAUCCCUCUCAAUAAACAUUACUCUCUUUUUUUAUUAAAGAGCAUGUUUUUGUGAGAACAA